UUCUCUCAAGCUCUUCUUCUUCUACAGCAAUGGCUGCCAAUGGUACUGAUGAUCAUCAUGAAACGAUGACGAAGAUGAUGAAGCCAGAAGGGUAUCCAUCAUCAGACGACGAGGAAAUGGAGGUCUAUACGAGCACCACUUCAGAAAGCAUCUGGAACAGUCCAUUUUUCAGUACACACAAUGACAUGUCACUGCUGGAGAGCGGCCUCCUGCAAGGAAAUAUGAACGACAUGGGAGACAACUACUACAGGUUUCAAGCAGAACACGGAGAACCAGUGGAUCCGAGGUUGCUGUCGCUGUUGGUAUAUUUUAGGGAGCUCUUUGUCGAGAGCGAGCAAGUUUUCAAGAAGAUAUUUCCAGGGCUUCACGACGAGAUUUCCGAGUUGCUUCAGAAAUUCGGUUCGGCGAUAUCCCAAGUGAAAUCGGAUCGAACGAGGGUUCGGACGAUGCAGAGGAGUUUGAGCAUUGGGUCGCCGCGAACACUGUGUAGAGAUGGAGAUCUGGAGUCGCCGUCGGCGUCGAGGCUCGAGUAUUUCAAGGUGCGGACUGUGCGCAUUAAUGGCAUCGGUCAACAAGGUGACCAAGGCAGUGGUGGUGGUGGCGGCGGCGGCUCCAAAUAA